ACGGAGAAGACAAGACUAAGCCCGAGAGGCUGACCGAGUCAGUUGUACCUCCUGAGGAUGCCAACGAGAUCUCUGGAGUCUGUAGCAGAUGGAUGGUUCAAACAGUCGGACAGACACACAGCAGACAGAAGGCUCUGUCUGGAAAAUCACUUCUUGAGACAAAUUCCUGCGUGGUUUAUCGUUACACAAUGUGUCUUUUAUGAAUUUCACUCUUGAAAUAGUGUUGGCCUGACAUUAUUGCACAAGUGGUACAGUAAAUAUUGCAUAUACUUAAAAAAGGAAAAGAUUGCUUGCCAACAUACACAAAGCCUGAGCUCUUUUCAUGUUCCAUUUAAUGUGUUGCUGUUCACUUCAGUCUUUCAUGCUAGUGUGGAUUGCUGACAAAUACCCAUUAGACUGGGGAGGAAAUUCUUCUUUAUGCCACUGAAAAGCUAUUUCACUUGUCUUAUUUUUGAUUAUUUUACAGUUGGUAGUUGACUGUGUACACAGAGGGGAACACAAGGGAAAGGUCUUGGGACUCACCCAGGGCAUUGCAAUUACUCAGUAUGCACCUGAGCCACACAACUUACAUCUGUUAUCGGAGCAGAGUGAGAAAUUGAACCUUUCACUCUGCGUUAGAUUAUUUUUUUAUGUUGUGUUCAGUUUGUAUUGAUUUUAGUGAAUAUUAACCAGCAGCAAUUGAAUCCUCUACAUUUAUCCAUGUGGUAUCCCUGUAGUCUUAAUAUUUUAAAUGUACAUUUGUGAACAAAAAUGCAAAGUAAUAAUUCUCAUUUCCUAGAGUCGGCACUCUCUUUUGCACCUUUCUUCAUUUAGACACAAAAUUCCAACCUGAUCAGCAUGUUCUGGAGUAUUCACUAUUGCUUUUGUAAGCAGAUACUGUAAGGGAUUUAUGUAGUAACUUGAAGUGGGUGUAUAUUCAUUUUUAUGAUAUCACACAGGGCAGGAUGACAAGAUAAGCAGUUAUGGAAUUAUGAUAAAUGAACGUGUGUGUGCGUGUGUGUGUGCGCCUGCCUCCACAACAUCCUCACUAUUACUUUCAGGUGGAAGGUUUCACGUGUAGAUCUCCCGUUAAAACUGUCUUUCAAAUGAAAAAUGACUUAAUAUUCAACAAUGCGUUUGGAGAUUAAUUCCAAGAAGAGGAGGUUAGAGGAGAUUAGUGGGGGAAAAAACCCCAAAGAGUUCAAAGGAGGCUCUCAAGAUGGCGGUUGGCGUUUGUAUAUGUGUCUGUAUGCAAGGAAAUGGUUUGUCAAUAUUUUACAUGGUUUUUGAUUUUCUGAGUUUUGUUUCUGGCAAUUUAGUUUACAGUUUGUGUUUUUAUCAAUAAAGACAACCAAAAACCUGCAGACUUGAUGUGUGCAUUUAUUGUGUUUUCUGAGUUUUGUCUGAGAAAUCUGCACAACUAAAGUAAAAACUUUGUUUUCACUAAAUUUAUCUUUUCAAUUACCCAAGAAUUAGGCCUUUAUUCUGUUUGUUUGUCCCUAGCUGUGCGUGGUCACUUUAAAAUGAAUGUCUUGUCUCCUUCUUGUAGUUGAUCAGUUUGUUUGCCACACUGAGGCCAUUGCAGACAUCGUGAUCCUCGUGGACGGCUCCUGGAGUAUUGGUCGGCUCAACUUCCGGCUGGUCCGCACGUUCUUGGAAAAUCUGGUCGAUGCCUUUGAUGUUGGCAUCGAUAAGACAAGGAUAGGUCUGGCUCAGUACAGUGGUGAUCCCAGGAUAGAGUGGCAUCUAAAUGCUUUCUCCACAAAAGAUGCCGUCAUCGACGCUGUUAAGAACCUGCCAUACAAAGGAGGAAAUACUCUCACAGGCCUUGCAUUGACCUAUAUCAUGGAGAACUGCUUCAAGCCGGAAUCUGGCUCACGGGUGGGUAUACCUAAGAUCGGGAUCCUCAUCACAGACGGGAAGUCCCAAGACGAUGUCAUACCUCCUGCAGAGAGUCUGCGAAAUGCUGGGGUUGAGCUGUUUGCUAUUGGUGUUAAGAAUGCUGAUGAGAAUGAGCUGCUAUCCAUUGCGUCAGAGCCGGACAACACACACGUCUACAACGUGGCCGACUUCAACAUCAUGAGUUCCAUUAUAGAGGGUUUGACCAAGACUGUGUGUGAACAAGUGGAGCAGCAAGACAAGGAUAUCAAACUAAUACAUAUACCAGAGAAGACGGGAGCGCCGCUUGAGCUAGUGACAUCAGCAGUCACAGCCCGCAGCUUUACGGUUUCAUGGACCCACGCCCCUGGAAAUGUGGAGAAAUACAGAGUGCUUUAUUAUUCUGCUAGCAGAGGAGAACCACUGGAGGUGGUAGUGGACGGCAGUGAGACUUCAGUGGUGUUACAGCAUCUCCACUCUCUCACUGAGUACCGGCUGGCUGUGUUUGCUGUGUACGCAAACGAGGCAAGUGAAGCUCUCAGAGGAUCAGAAACAACCCUGGCCCUUCCCACAGUGACGACCCUUCACCUAUUAGAUGUGACUCACAGCACCAUGAAAGCGAGAUGGGACAGUGUGGAUGGAGUUUCUGGCUACAUGCUGCUGUAUGCACCGCUUACAGAUGAUGGAGACUUAGACGAGAAGGAGGUCAAGGUGUCGGAUGCAGUGACAGAGCUGGAGCUGGAUGGAUUGACCCCUCACACUGAAUACACCGUCACUGUUUAUGCCAUGUAUGGGGAGGAGUCUAGCGACCCCAUUACAAACCAGAAAUCUACAUUACCUCUGAGUCCCCCCGGCAACCUCCAGUUCUCUGACAUCACUCACAACUCCGCCCACAUCAGCUGGGACCCCGUGCCCAGAGAAGUUAAAGGUUACCGCAUCAUGUGGGUCAAGACAGAUGGACUAGUCACGAAGGAGGUGGAGGUGGGUCCAGAUAACUCAUAUGACCUCAGUGAGUUGACGUCUCUGAUGGAGUACUCGGUGGCCAUCUUUGCCCUGUACAAUGAGGGCCAAUCUGAGGCACUCACAGACGGAUUCACAACCACUCCAGUUCCUGGUCCUUUGCAUCUACGCUCCAAUAAUGUCGGCACAGACAGCUUCCAGGUCAGCUGGGAUCACUCGGCCAAUGACAUCAUCCUCUACAGACUCUCCUGGGCACCGUUCACAGGUGGCGACACAAAGGAGGUGAUCUUGAGUGGGAUCGAUAACAGAAACACCCUGACUGGUCUGAGUCCAUCGACUGAGUACGAAGUUAUGUUGACGGCUGUAUUCAAAGAUGAAUCCGAGAGUGAUACCGUUUCUGUUAUAGAGACCACAUUGGCCGAGACGACAACGAUUGCUACCACAACCACAGGUGUCACAGUGGCACGUCUGGCUGUGAGAAACCUUCUGCUGAGUGACGAGACCACCCAGAGCAUGGUGGCAUCAUGGAAGCUCGAAGACCCCCACGUGGAAAGCUACAGGGUCUCCUACGCCGGCCUCAGGGGCAACCAUCAAGAGGAGUCUGUGUUAGUUCCUGGUGUUCAGAUGAGAGCAGUGCUUCAGCCUUUACUAUCAGACACCCAGUACAAAGUGACAGUCACACCGGUGUACACCAAUGGACAAGACGGCAUCUGUGUCUCUGUUCUGGGUGCCACAUUGCCCCUCCUGUCUCCUGGAAACGUACUUGUGUCAGAAGAGUGGUACAAUCGCUUCAGGGUAACCUGGGAUCCACCUCAGUCGCCUACAAUGGGUUACAGGAUUGUAUACCAGCCCAUCUAUGUUCCAGGACCAGUUUUGGAGACGACUGUCGGUGAAGAUGUGAACUCCAUGCUGCUUCUGAAUCUACUAAGUGGGACGGAGUACAGUGUUCAAUUGACGGCUUCCUACCCUACAGGACAAAGUGAACCGCUGCUAGUGAAUGCCAAGACAUUGUUCCUCGGUGUCUCUGGUUUGUCGACCUACCAGGUACGUCCCAACAGCCUUUGCGUCCAAUGGCAGCCCCUUCUACGUGCCACGUUGUACAGAGUCUCCAUACAGUCUACACUCAAUGGUCAGAGACAGGAAGUGAGCCUGGGAGAUGGUGCAUCCCGACAGUGCUUCUAUGACCUCACUCCCAGCAGCCAGUACCAGAUCAGCCUUCACACCCAGAUGCAGGAAAUGGAAGGACCUUCUGUUUCCAUCACUGACAUGACGCUGCCAGCGCCCACUCAAGCUCCGACUGAACUCCCCACCACAGAGCCCCCUCCCACCAUCCCACCUGCUAAAGAAGUGUGUAAGGAGGCCAAGGCUGACCUGGCAUUCCUGGUCGACGGUUCCUGGUCCAUCGGAGACGACAACUUCAUGAAGAUCACACGUUUCCUGUACAGCACCAUGGGGUCACUGGAUCUGAUUGGACCAGACGGUACCCAGGUGGCCAUCGCUCAGUUCAGCGACGAUGCCCGGACAGAAUUCCAGCUGAGCUCCCAUGGCAGCAAGGAAGCGCUGUUGGAAGCUAUCCAGAGGAUCAGAUACAAGGGAGGAAACACCAAGACAGGUCGGGCCAUCCAGCAUGUGAAGGAGUCUAUUUUCACCCCAGAGGCCGGAGCUAGAAGGGGCGUUCCUAAAGUCCUAGUUGUUCUCACUGAUGGACGUUCCCAAGAUGAUGUCAACAAAGUGUCCAAGGAGAUGCAGAUGGAUGGCUAUAUCAUCUUUGCCAUUGGCUUUGCGGACGCCGACUAUGGGGAGCUGGUGAAUAUUGCCAGCAAGCCCAGUGAUAGACAUGUCUUCUUUGUGGAUGAUCUGGAUGCUGUGAAGAAAAUAGAAGAACAGCUUAUUACUUUUGUCUGUGAGGCUGCCACUGCCACUUGUCCAUCUGUUUUGAUGAGUGGUAACACGAUGGCAGGUUUCCAUAUGAUGGAGAAAUUUGGCCUCGUAGAGAAGGAGUACAGCACCAUACCUGGAGUUUCUCUGGAGCCGGGUUCAUUCAACAGCUUCCCCUGUUACAGAUUACACCGUGACGCCCUGGUGUCACAGCCCACCAAGUACCUUCAUCCUGAAGGUUUACCCUCUGAUUACACCAUAUCUAUGAUGCUCCGCCUACUUCCUGAGACCCCGCAGGAGCCUUUUGCACUGUGGGAAAUCCUCCACAAGGACAACGAGCCAUUGGUCGGACUAAUCCUGGACAACUCUGGAAAGACUUUGACGUUCUUCAACUAUGACUACAAAGGAGACUUCCAGACCGUCACUUUUCAAGGAACUGAAAUCAAAAAAAUCUUCCAUGGCAGCUUCCACAAGCUCCAUGUAACCAUCAGCAAGACGUCUGUGAAGGUGGUGUUAGAUUGUUCUGUGGUUGGGGAGAAAUCCGUCAAUGCUGCCGGUAACAUCACCACAGAUGGAGUCGAGAUCCUCGGAAGGAUGAUUCAGUCCAGAGGCAGACGGGACAACUCUGCUCCAUUCCAGCUCCAGAUGUUUGACAUCAUCUGCAGCACAUCCUGGGCCAGCAGAGAUAAGUGUUGCGAGCUGCCGGCAUUGAGAGUUGAGGAGCAGUGCCCCUCCAUGCCUCAUGCCUGUACCUGCUCCCAGGACAGCAAAGGACCUCCAGGACCUUCCGGACCCCCUGGUGGUCCAGGCAUAAGGGGAGCCAGAGGAGACCGAGGAGAGCCAGGAGUGACGGGACCCCAAGGGUCAGUAGGAGAGAUUGGCCCUUCUGGACCUUCAGGACCACCUGGUCCUCAGGGACCCAGUGGUCUCUCUAUUCAGGGACCCCCGGGUGCUGCUGGGGAAAAGGGAGAGAGAGGAGAGAUUGGUUCAGCCGGACAAAUGGGUGUUCCUGGAAGCUCGGGCUCCCCUGGUAGAGACGGCCCCCCAGGAGCAAGGGGUCUGCCGGGUAAUAAUGGACCACAGGGAAGACGAGGGCCUACUGGACCUGUUGGAGCCCCAGGAGGACCAGGAGCUCUAGGACCUGCUGGGUCAGCAGGGCUUCAAGGAGAUCAAGGACUUCCUGGUCCUGGUGGUACCAAAGGUGAUAAGGGAGAAAGAGGUGAUGUGCAAACCCAAGCAGCUGUGCGUGCCAUCGCACGACAAGUGUGUGAGCAGCUCAUCCAGAGCCACUUGUCUCGCUAUAACUCCAUACUGAACCAGAUCCCCGUCCAGUCAGCAGUGUCAGUCCGAACAGUACCCGGACCACCCGGAGAGCCAGGUAGGAGAGGCCUCCCAGGAGCUCAGGGAGAGCAAGGGCCAUCUGGUAGGCCAGGCUUCCCCGGCACCAGCGGCCAGAACGGACGACCGGGAGAGAGAGGUCUUUUGGGAGAGAAGGGAGAGAGAGGGAGUCCAGGAGUUGGAAGUCAGGGGCCUCGAGGACAAUCCGGACCUCCAGGCCUGCCAGGUGAAGGACGGAUAGGCAGCCAGGGGCCCCCUGGUCGGCCUGGUAAUCCGGGGACACCGGGGAGGUCAGGGAAUCCAGGUGCCACAGGACCAGCCGGCCCGCCAGGAUACUGUGACCAGAACUCCUGUCAGGGGUACAACGUCGGAGAUCAACAGGACUAUGGGAAUGAUUACUGAGGAACAUUCUUCAA